AUGGCGUCCAUUAAGCCCAAGAUAACGUACCAGGACAUCAAGCAAGGCGUAGAAGUCCUCUGGAGCGCCGAUGACCCCGCCGUUGAUAUUGUGGCUGUCCCCGGUCUGGGUACAGACCCCAAGAAUUGUUGGGGUUCAAAUGUCGGAAAAUCGAACGAGUUCAACUGGCUCGACCACAAGGAUGGACUGAAGAAGGACUUCUUACACAGCGGUAAGGAGAAUAAUAGGAUUGGUGCCCGUGUUCUUCUAUACCACAGCGAGUCUGCCUGGUUGGGGAGUCUCAAGGUCAAACCCGAGCUUCAUCAUCUCGCCUAUGCCCUUUUAGAGGGCCUUAAGGGCGAGAGGAAGGAAGCUGAACGUCGUCCUAUCGUAUUCAUCGGCCACAGCAUGGGUGGUUUGGUCAUCGCCAAGGCCUUGUGCAUUGCACGUUCCAAACCCCGUCUUUUCCCCAACAUCUUGGAAGCGACCACUGGCGCCAUCUUCUUUGGGACUCCUUUUGAAGGCACCCCUGCUGCGACCUUUGCCUCUGUGGUCGAUUCUGUCGGUAGUAUCCGCAAUGCGACCGCAGGAUCCUCACUGCUCGAUCUGAUGAAGCCUGAUAAUCUCGUGCUCAAAGAACUCAGGAGAGACUUUCUCUCCAUAGCACAAGAUGACACCGUGGGCGCAAGUAUGAAGGUGUUCUGCUUCACCGAGGAACAGCCGAUCAACCUGGAGAAGAUGUCACGAAAAGUGUUCGGAGUGUCAUGGUUCGCUCCCAAUAAAAAAAGCGCCAGACUUGAGCCAUAUGAAGCCAUUGCCUUGGCGAAAAACCACUCCAACAUGAUCACAUUCGACGGAUGGAAAGACCCUGCAUACAAACUGAUUCGCGGACCGAUCGAACGUAUAGUCCGCGCGGCCCCCGGUAUUGCUAAGUCCCGGUUCCACUCUGUGAGGGGUCACGAGAGUGAAGUCACCGCUGUCUUGGACGCUCUGGAAGGAGUCGUAUCACCCAAGAAGAUGUACCAUGAUUUGCAGAAGGAGGUUCAACUCUCUGAUCCAUCUUGGAUUCUGAAAGAGAAGGAAUGCGUUAGUUGGCUUAACGUCACCCCUGACAGCCCUGCAACAAGGUGCCUCUGGAUCAGGGGCACAGAAGGAAGAGGCAAGUCAUCAGCCGUCGUUUCGAUCAUCGACCAGAUGAAGGCGGAAGAUGGCAGCAGCCACAGUCAGCCACUAUAUGCAUUUUUCUUUUGCGGCUCGUCUCACGACACCUUGACCGUUGAAGAUAUGCUCAAGUCCCUUCUCUAUCAACUCAUCAAAGCUCAGACCAGACUCUUCGCACACGCCAAACACUUUGUCCGCUCCGAGGGUAAAACCGCCACCAUGACUCUCACCUUCGAGAAUCUUUGGUAUAGCUUGUUGAGCAUCUUCUCAGAUUCCCUGGUUGAUAAGGUGUAUCUCAUCGUACACAAUCUGCAUGAUCUCCCACAAUCAUCGGACGGAACGAAGAAGCUUCUGAAAAAGCUGCAAGCCGAAAUAUGCCCACCCGGCAACGCUGAUCUGGGGCAAAGACAGAGUAAAGUCCGGUGGCUUUUCACGAGUCAUCGGAGUAACUUCAGCAUUCAGAACUCGUUACGAGGUACGCAGACAUACGAGAUCAACUUGGAUGACAAGGAGAAAUACAAGGACCAGGUUGGGAACCAGCUCCGCAAGCAUGCCGACAAUCGGGUUAGGAAACUAUCGGACGAGAAAAAGUACAACAGGGCACUUGCAUACUUUACGAGCACCCUCAUGGGGAACCGAGCCCAGGACACCGUCUGGAUUGAUAUCACCUGCCUCCGUUUGGCCCAAAUUCCACCCAAUACGAAAGAAACCAGAAUUAGGCGUGAGCUGGCUAAAAUCCCGGAAGACCUGGACCAGCUUCUCGACUCGAUUUGGUCGAAGAUCUUGAAUGCCAAUGAUGACGACACCGAAGACGUGAAAGAAUUGCUGCGAGUACUCGUUCUUGUUAAGGAGCCUGUUACUUUGGGUGAGUUGGCAAUUCUCACAGGAUUCACCAUCGAUGACGUUCAGCAGUCACUUGAUAAGUGCAGUCUUUUGGUCAGAAUCCAUGAUAGAAAGGUCGUCUUUGUCCUUGAAAACCAAGUCAAGGAACACCUGUUGAAGAGGUCCGAGAAGUUGCUGCAGGUCCGAGGAGAAGAGGAGCUGAAGUGGCAACACGGAGUUUUGGCAUCUAGAUGCUUUAUUUAUCUCGUUGAGAGAUUCCAGUCCAUCGAGGACGAGGUGGUAGCGCGCCAGGACAAAGCCAAAACAUCCGUCCAAGCAACUGCUCCGGAGACCACCCAUAAGGAGCUAUCUUCAGACACUGAUGGACCAGCUAGCUCUGAUGUUGAGCAAGAGGACUUGCCCCAAGCAGCAGACAUGUUAACCCCAGACCACAUCGACAGCGGCGGAGCACAUGACGGGGAUUGCCUCCUCUCUGACAGCGAAGACGACUCGUCAGUCAAGCCCCCAGUUUUGGAGGAGAGCAACCCAUACAAGCUGGACCUUGCAACGUUGCUCUAUUAUCCGAUCAAACACUGGCUCUACCAUUCCAGCUUGGCCACGAAGGAAUUCGCGGAAAGAAUAAGCAGCGAGGAUGAGUUUUGGUCGCGCAAUUCCAUCUUUCGCAAGAAAUGGUUAUGGGCGUAUGCGGCUAUUGCCAAAGAUCCGGCCUUGGGGCUGCUUAAGUCUGAGAACUUCACAGCUCUCCAUACGGCGGCGUCCCUUGGUUAUCCUGACCUCGUGGCGGAAUUGAUGGCUAAAGAACAUGAAGACGAGAGGGACGUGCGCGAUUCCAUGUUCAACACUCCGCUCCACCUUGCCGCCUACUGGGGCCGUACUGCGAUCGUUGAAGAACUGCUGAGCAAGAACGCACCGGUGGACGAUGGAGUCAAAGAUCAUCAUGACACGCCCUUGGCUAUGGCUGCAGCGAAAGGACAGGUAGGGGCCAUGUCAAAACUUCUUGAAUACGGCGCGGACGUGAACGCCGUGUCAGAGGAUUGGGGUCCCAUCAUCAACUGCGCCAUAUAUUCGGGAAACAAAGACGCUGUCGCCCUCCUUGUCAACAAUAAAGCGAUUUUGAGUGUCUCGAAAAUGUCAGGAGAGGCCCAGUCGUUCAACAUCCCACCUCCUCUAAGCCUUGCCGCUCUUUGUUCCGACCUAGAAAUGUUCGACUUCUUGCUCACACGAUGCCACGAUGAUCUCUCAACUCAAGAUUAUGAGACAGCGUUCGAGUGGGCCAGUCGUGCGGGCAACACGGACGUCAUGGAAAGGCUGAUCUUACUACCUGAGUUCGAAGCCGAAGACCACGUCUUUCAGCCUGACCUCGACGCUGCGGUUGAAGCGGAGGAAUGGGACAGUGUCGAAUUUCUGGCGAAAAAUGAAAUAAGCCGCGAAAGGGCAAACUUCGACGAGGCUGUCAUUGCACUUGUAGAGGAUAUAGAUGACAACCUGGGCACCCUGGAAGUUAUUGGGGACAAUGCAACCGCCCACCUUACCAAGGAAAAAGUCAACGAGGCUUUAUACAUCGCAACGGAUAAGGAAAAAGCGAAAUUAGUGAGUCUGUUGCUCACCAAGUUUGAGGCAGAUGCCAAUGCCACUGGGCCAGAGUUCGGGGAUGCACUGACCGCAGCUGCUCAUGAUGGCACCACUGACAUCGUCGAAAUGCUUCUUCACAAGGGAGCAAUUGCGGACUCGCCUACAGGCUGGGCUCUUCAAAUUGCCGCUGCUAAAGGCCACAAAGAUGUGAUGCGGUGCCUCCUGGACGCACAUGCGGAUGUCAAUCGUGUGAUUGACGAUCCUCGGUUCCCGCCUUGUACUGCAUUACAAGCGGCCUGUGAAGGCGGAUAUGACGAGAUUGUCAAGCUCCUGCUCGACAACAACGCUCACCCAGACGUAGGAGGCGGCCUGUUUCGACAUCCCAUCAUCGCGGCUGCUCGCUUUGGAUAUCCCAACAUCUUGAGCAUGCUUAUCAAGAAAGGAGCAGACGUCAAUGUCAAAGGCGGCUCGUCGAACGAGUCUCCGUUGAUAUUUGCGGCCUCUUCUCUCGAUGUUCACUCAGUCGUUGAAUUGCUGGACAAUGAAGCGGACAUUCACUACGUUGACGACGACGGUGACAUCGCACUCAUUACCGCGGCAUUCUUUGGGGACGCUGAUCUGGUCAAGGAGUUGCUGAGGCGAGGUUCCAACGUCAUGCAUAUGGACAAACGGGGCGUGAAUGCGCUCCAAGCUGCUAUCAUGAGCCAAAGUCUUGAGUGCGUCCAGGUUCUGGGAGACUGGAUCUCGCUGAUAAUGCUUGGUAUCCAGAAAGCCGUGGAUGCCGGGGAUGAAGCACCUGUUCAACAAGUCCUCGCGAAGACUAGGGCUGAGCACGCUCAAAUACGGCGGGAGGUUGUUGAAAGACAGGAAGCUGCGUCUGAGGACUUGAACGGGUACGUGAUGACUGACUUCUCCAUCAACGAAGGCAUCGACAUGGACGUAGACGAUGUAGCUGCUGGGCCUCACGGCGUCCACGACACAAAUGGUGCCAGUGGCAUCAACGUCAACACCAAUUCCAGGGCCGAGACGACUCAUAAUGAAGUGCAUCACAGAGGGGCUGGUGCCAAUGGAACUGGCAGUGGAGAUGAAGGUCAAGAGGAUGACAUUGUGCAGAGGACAGCACAGCUGCGAUUGUCAGGGGACGGUUCUCGAGGUAUGCAAAGGGGCUGUGGAUCCAACGCUGGCGAUGGAUUUGUCGAGAACAAGGACGAGGAUGAUGAUGCGGAUGACAACGACGAAGAGGGUAGAGAAGGCGAGGAAGAUGAAGGAGGCGGAGAAGGUGAAGAGGACGAAGAUGGCGAGGGCGAGGGUUAUGAUGCUGAGUAUGGCUAUAGGGUGUAA